CACACGUGGGUCAGCCGUGAUGGACUGCGCAGAUGUGAAGGUGUGUGAUGGGGUAAAGCAGCAUCACUCCGGGUGAUAGAAGCUCCAUCCACAUGUUGUACAGAUCAGCCUUAACAGCAGUUACGUAAAACGGCAGUAGCUCAGACUUUCAGAAUUACGUAAGCAGUCCUCGGCUCUGCCUCUCUGUAAAAACAAACAGUUCUAAAGUUGUGUGUUAACAUUUCACUAACAUGGACUCCAGAGCUGCUAAAGAACCAGAGAAGCACUGCGUCCUGUGCUGCCAGGAGGUGGAAAUCUUUGCCUUGGGAAAAUGCGACCACCCGGUGUGUUACCGCUGCUCCACGAAGAUGAGGGUGCUGUGCGACCAGAAGUACUGCGCGGUCUGCCGGGAGGAGCUCGACAAGGUGGUGUUUGUCAAAAAGCUCGAGGCGUUCUCGUGUCUACCCUACCAACAGUUUCCCUCUGAGAAGAAGCAUGAUAUCUACUUUGGGGAUGAGAGGAUCUACGCCCAGUACAGACAUCUGCUCAUGCCAGAGUGUGUCCGCUGCCCAGAGCCCACAGUCUUCUCUAAGUUUGAGGAGCUGGAGCAGCACAUGAGGAAGCGACACGAGCUCUUCUGCUGCAAGCUCUGCACAAAACAUCUCAAGAUCUUCUCUCAUGAGCGCAAGUGGUACAACCGGAAGGAGCUGGCACGUCACCGAGCACACGGAGACCCGGACGAUACGAGCCACCGAGGACACCCGCUCUGCAAGUUCUGUGACGACCGCUACCUGGAUAAUGACGAGCUGCUGAAGCAUCUGCGCAGGGAUCACUACUUCUGUCACUUCUGUGAUGCAGACGGUUCCCAGGAGUAUUACAGUGAUUAUCUGUACCUGAGCGAGCACUUCAGAGAGAGUCACUAUCUGUGCGAGGAAGGCCGCUGUGCUUCAGAACAGUUCACCCACGCCUUCCGCUCUGAGAUCGACUACAAGGCCCACAAGGCCGCAGCACACAGCAAGAACCGAGCAGAGGCCCGGCAGAACCGCCACAUCGACCUGCAGUUCAACUACGCACCACGGCAACAGAGGAGAAAUGACGGUAUGCUGACAGGUGAGGACUACGAGGAGAUGCGUCUGAAUCGAGGAGGGAGAGGAGGAAGGCCUCAGGGGGGACAGAAGAGCUGGAGAUACUCUCGAGAGGAAGAGGACAGGGAGUUGGCAGCUGCUCGGAGGGCGUCCUUGGCCACACGCAGACAGGAGGAGAGGGGAGCAGUGCAGGAGAGGAGCGCUCCCAAAUACUGCAGAGAGGAGAGGAUGGAGAGGACGGAGAGGAGGCCUGAACCAGAAGAGCAAAGACACCGGGCAGGAAACAUCAAACCAACGAGCAAACCACCAGUAAGAACAAUGACGAGCGAUACUCCAGAAGUAGACGACUUCCCUGCUUUAGGAGCCAUGGCCGCCACAUCCAUUGUGAAACCCGCUCCUGUCGUGGUAAAAGUGCCACCAGCUGCUUUAAAAGAAGACGACUUCCCCAGCCUCUCAGCCGUCGCCGUGUCAUCCCCCAUGACCCCGGCGUACUCCGCCCAGCCUAGAAAGACGUCCAAAUUCCAGGAGGAGGACUUCCCGGCUCUCGUCUCCAAAAUUCGGCCUCUAAAAAGUGCAGCCGGUCGCAACUCUGCUUGGUCCGCUCAUGCUGCUCCAGCUCAACCCGCCGCUCAACCGCCUCCUUCAUCCAGACUCCCUCCCCCGCUCUCCUCUGCCUCCUCUGGCCCUCAGCCCCUCUCCUCCUCCUCCUCCUCCUCCGCCUCUUCAUCCUCACGCAGGAAAAAGAAGGUAGGGGAGAACGGGAAAGCGGCGCCCGCUCGCUCUCCUCCGUCUUCAGAGGAUGACGUCGGAGGAUUGACGCAGCAGGAGUUCCGCUCGGUGCCCACCAUGUUGGAUAUCUCCUCCCUGCUCACAGUGAAAGGAGGGAACAGCAAACCUCCUGCAGCUACUUCCACCACUCCAACGCCGGCCCCCAACACGGACCCGCCCGCCUCGAAAGCCGCCAAGAAGAAAAAGCAGCAGAAGAACACGGCUCCUCCCUCCACGUCCGUGUCCGCGGCGUCAGGAACGACACAAACGCCGAGUUCAAUCUCAGUGGAGACGGCGGCACAGAAGGAGAACGUGCCGGAGAAAUCAUGGAACAAACCAAACCCUGGGGCUGUGACGAGUGCGAUGGCGAACGGACACCCUGAAAAACCUCCAGCAGUGAGUAAGGAGGCCGCAGUCAAGCCAAACUCGAACACGGACACUCCGGCUGAACAGGAGGAAGAGUUCCCCGCACUCAUCACCAAGAACCCUCCUCCAGGCUUCAAGUCCUCUUUCCCGAUGAAGGCCUCUACUCCUGCUCCCGCUCCAUCCUCAGCCGCACCUCCACCUCCACCCGGCCUGGGAGUCUCCGCCCCUAAACCUCCACCAGGUUUCACCGGGAUCCCCCUCAACAGCAACGUGGUGGAGCCGGCUCCGUCUGCAGUCAACCUGCCCCCCAAGAUGUGGAGCAACGGUUACCUGGUACCUGACGACUUCCAUCAGAGGAACCUGGAGCUGAUCCAGUGCAUCAGGUUGUACCUCCACAACGACGAGUCCCAGUUCAACGAGUUCAAGAACUACUCUGCUCAGUUCAGACAGGGCGUGAUAUCAGCCGCUCAGUACCAUCGCAGCUGUAAGGACCUGCUCGGCGAAGACUUUAACCGCAUCUUCAACGAGCUGCUGGUCCUCCUGCCGGACACGGGCAAACAGCAGGAGCUCCUGAGCGCUCACGGAGACUGUAAGGCGCUGGAGAAGCAGUCAGGAGCAGGAGGAAAGAAAAACAAGAACAAGAAGAACGUCUGGCAGCGGCCGACCUCGGCGGACAGCGCAGCGGCCGAGCUGGACUGCCAGGUGUGCCCCACAUGCAGACAGGUACUGGCCCCUAAAGACUUCAACUCCCACAAGACCCUGCACAGCAGGGAUAACGAGGAGUUCCCCUCUUUGCAGUCGAUUAGCCGUAUCAUCAGCUAGCCUUAUGUGCUUCUUCUUCUUCUUCUCCGCUGUGUUUGCCGACGUGGAGCAAACGUUCUGCUGCAGCUGUCGGCGUGAAGCAGCAGCCUGCGUCCCCGUGUGACCAUCUCCUCGGGGAGUUUGGAGCUUAUUUCUCAUUUUGAUCGGAACCGAACAUGGUGUGUGGUGAUUUUUCUUUCAAUGGGGAUAACAUCGGUAGGUUUAUACGAAUGGUUUCACGGUUUAGACUCACGAUGCUCCAUUUCAACCUCAUUUCCACUCACGACCUUCGAGGCUGUCUCCAGCUGGACCUGGCACUUCAGUUUAUUUAACGACGGAGAGUCUGUCGAGGCUUUAUUUGAAAUCAGAGCUCUCUAAUGCAAAAAUUGUAAUGAUACAUUUUCUACCUUGCUUUGCAUUUUCAUUUUAACAGAAGGAGACAAAAUGUAUUUUGUUAAUUUAUGUGUGAUUGGCUAAACGACAAAAUAAACAAACAGUUGGAUUAUUUAGCACUAAACUUUGAAGAGUUGCUGUUUUAAUUGCUUUUAAUUGUUGCUUUACGCCGAGGACCGACUGUUAACGGAGGAGUCAGGAAUCAGAUCAAACUUUGGUUCACAGCUUUCAUAGUUUCUGUUCGUAUCUGUUCAUAUCACUCACCUUUAGAUUCCAUGUACCGGCUGAUUAAUGACUAGUUUAGCGAUGCCGUGGCGUUGCUCACGGUUUAAAAUGAACUUAAAUCCGUUAACGCUGCGUUUUCUUUUCACAUCAUCUUCUCAAAGAUCAGCCUUUAAACAGACGACGACCUCUGAGGUCACGUCUGUGAGGGUUUACAUUUAAAUCACGACAUUGUGAAGAGAUGUCCCGUUCAUUCAUUUUUCCUUCAACACAACAAAAACAUUUUCAUUCCAGUGUGUCUCCGUCUCGUCUCUCGGCCCGGUAGAAGUCCAGUUCUGACACACAGAGCGCUCACUCUGUUUGAAACAGGAGAACUUUACACAUCCACCUUUCAUCCUCUCUCUCUCUCAGGACACUGUUUGCAUUCAGGCUCACGUGUGUGUGAGUGUGUCCACUGUGAGAAUGUGUCUGAAUGAGGGACGCUGAGUUCGUCACACAUCAAACAGCAACUCACUUUUAUUUCUGUGUGGCUUCAAUAAAGCUGUUUCUAUCAGCA